AUGCAAAUAGCUGACAGUCGUGAUGUAAUGAUGCUAUGUGGAUGUAUGUGUGAGGUGACUGUGGAGUUCGUGAUGACUGUGAUCGAGUCGAGAUGCGAGAUGACGGCAAACACUGCGGCGAUAUCAAUGCGAUGUUGUGUCAACAAAGAACGUUCUAUGGUUGAAAAAGGAGACCUAGGAAACCCAAAGAAGAGAAGAUUAGAGCAAUGGUCUCUGAACUCUAUGCACAAUCAGAAUAUGGCAAAUCUCAAAGAUUCUAUGCGUAUUUACAAACGCGAUCCGGCUCAGAGGGUGUUCGUCAAUCGAUCUCUUCGAAUGGAGAAGAUCAACUUCUUCGGUUUCGACAUGGACUACACGCUUGUCCAAUAUAGAUCUCCUGACCUUGAAAUCCUAGCCUUUGAACUAGCUAUUGAACGACUCAUCGACAUGGGAUAUCCAGAAGAAAUUCGGAAAUUCAAAUACGAUCCGAUUUUCCCCGUUCGAGGAUUGUGGUUCGACUACGCAUAUGGUAAUCUUCUGAAAGUUGAUGGUUUUGGAAAUAUUCUUGUCGGGAUGCAUGGUUUUAAAUUCCUGAAGACGUCUGAAAUCGAGGAAAUAUAUCCGAACAAAUAUCUUCAAUUGUCCGAAUCACGUGUAUUUGUGCUGAAUACGUUGUUCAAUCUUCCCGAAACGCAUCUGCUCGCCUAUCUCAUCGACUAUUUCGACAGCCACACCGACUACACCCUGUUGGACGAUAAAACCGGGCUGCUGGGUGGUGAUGUUCUUGUAUCCUAUAAAUCCAUAUUCCAUGAUUGUCGAAGUGCUGUUGACUGGGUUCAUCUCGAGAGUGACAUGAAGGAGAUGAUCAUGGGAAAUAUGGAGAAAUACGUGGUACAAGACGACAGAGCAUGUUUGCUACUACGACAACUACGUGAAGCCGGCCGUCAGACCUUCUUACUCACUAAUAGUGACUACAGAUACACAGAUAAGAUGAUGUCAUUCCUCCUUGGUGAUGACUGGCGAUCUUAUUUCAACAUCUGUGUUGUAGACGCGAAGAAACCAAAAUGGUUCGCUGAGGGAACAGUUUUCCGUGAGGUGGACACGAAUACGGGUGCUGUUAAAUUAGGAAUCCAUACAGGACCGCUAAAAGAAGGCGUUGUUUAUUCAGGAGGUUCAAGCGAUGCGUUUCAUAAAAUUGUAAAAGCACGAGGAAAGGACGUGCUAUAUAUUGGUGACCAUAUUUUUGGUGAUGUUUUAAGGUCAAAGAAAUCCAGGGGCUGGAGGACCUUCCUCGUUAUUCCUGAGCUGGAUCAUGAACUUACAGUAUGGACAGAUCGACGACCGUUAUUUGAACAGCUCAACCAACUUGAUAAUACUCUAGCUGAUAUCUACAAGCAUUUAGAUGCUACUUCUAGGAAUAAGCCACAAAUCCAUACCGUUCUACAGAAAGUGAAGAGCCUCGCUCACGAAAUGGACCAAGAAUAUGGAGUUUUAGGAUCUCUAUUUCGUGCUGGUUCUAGGACUACAUUCUUCGCCUCUCAGGUGGAGAGGUAUGCCGAUCUCUAUGCAUCAUCCUGCUAUAAUCUAGUACAUUAUCCGUCAUUUUACUUCUUCCGAGCUGCAAUGCAGCUGAUGCCUCACGAAAGUACCGUGGACCAUUCCUCUGUGCUGAAGAGUUCCAAGACAGACCUAUUAAAGAGACAAGAGAGUGUUGGACAACAAGUUCGCGGAUGGACAAAGAAAACAGCAAACGAGAAUGAAUUUUGUCAUGAAGAAGAGGAAGACGAACAAUCUAUCAGCGAUGGUGAACCUGGUCCACGUCUUCGCUCAAAAUCACUCAGCGAUGAUGCAGCUGAGGAAGAAGUUGCCGAUACGGAUGUUGUCGGAGUGCCGCCGGCAUUUGUUGAUCAGCAACAAUAA